GCAUGUGUUAUUUUAAGUAUAUGCUGGAGGCAUCUGGCAAUCAUUUCUAACGUACAUCAACGAAAGGCAAUGACGUCGCAUCACAUACACAUCCAUAGAAAAAACAGCGUAGGCUAUAUAUAAAGCCGCAGUCGAAGGUAAAACUCCACAUGAUUAAGAAAUUAUUAUGGGAUUGGUCAGUGGAGCUUGUUAGUAAUAGGUAGUUUGAGGUAAGACGGUAUAAAGAUAUAGUGUUUGAUUUUCCUGUAUCGUCCCAUUUGGUAAUUAACAAAGAAUAUUUACAACAAACCUGUCUUCACGAUUCUAAUGAAGUUGAUAAUUGUUAUAAUAGGUUAUGCACCAACGGUACAUCUAUCUUAAAAUGUAUACUUCAACCAAUCUAAAACGGAAAGUUUAAAGAAGUUUCACAUUGCAUGCCGAAUUCGUUACGCCAUAUGGCAUCAAGUGAACCAGUACCUUAGCUCAGCUUAUUUUAGGGAAGCAGCAGUCUCUUACAGUGCUAUAAGGCAGACAAUUAAAAGGGUAUAAUAUAUUGUGUUUUAAUGUUUCAACUUUUGUUGCGAAACUUUAAGCAUCAUGUUAUUGCAGUGGUCACGCGUAAGUUAUAUUUAUAUCUUCAAAAAUGUACACGUUAAGAAGUAGGCGGACCGAAAUAUUCAGCGACAAUAAAUUCGCUUUAGAAUCAAAGGCUGGUGUUCAAGUAGCAUUAAAAACAGAGGCGACAUCUCCAGAGAAAAUUGAAAACGAAAAAAUCCCCCCAGAAGAAUCAAAAGCCAUGUUUAAACUUUUCGAUAAAAACGACAAUGGAUUUUUAACAGCCGAAGAUAUCAUGCGAGUCAUGCAUUCGCUGGGGCAACACAUAACCAAGAUCGAAGUAUUCGAUAUUUUAAACUUGUUAGGGGUCAAUGAGCCGGUCUCGCUUCAGGAUUUCGACAGAAUCAUAAGUCACGAACUGUCGCCCAGUCAAGUGUUCAAUAAUGAAGCAAAAACUGCGUUCCAGCUUUUUUCUUCAAACGGUGACAUCAUAACUAAAUCGGACUUGGCCCGCCUCCUUAUCAAGUUAGGGAAAGUCCCAACCAAUGACGACCUGAUCGACAUGAUGCACGAGGGAGACGUCGAUGGGGACGGCCAAAUCAGUUAUAACGAUUUUUUAAGUGUAUUGUGUAGCUAGGUUGACAUGUUGUACAAUCACGUUAAAAUGUGUUUUCGUUUAGUUCCAUUAUUUUACUUGUUUCUAAUAAAAUCAGACCCACGUCA